CCCGGCAUGGCAUCGCCUCGCCUCGCGGUGGAGACGAGACUGAGGCCUGAGAGACACAGAGGUUAGGUUAGUCGUGCUCGAGACAUCGCGGCGUGCACAUCGCGGCCUUCCUUCGGCUCCCCUCCUAAUCGCGGAGGCCCCGCCGCGCCCCACCGCGCCCCAUCAGUGCUUCGGAGAACGCCGCCGGAUGGACCCCGCCACGCACUCCGAGCCGCCUUCAUCAGGGGGGUCGCCGCGAUGACACGGAGUGUGUGAAAGUGCCCCAAAAGUGCGCGACUGCGCCAGUGCGUGAGGGGGAAGUCCCAGUCCCGCGGGGGCUGACCGCACUCCGUGCCGCACGCCGGCCGGCCGCUGCGAGGCGUCAAAGUGUCGACCGGACUUGUUGCUGGCGGAACCGGCGAGCCCGCCGUCACCAUGGCGUUGCCGGCGUUGCACAGGCUGCUGGUGCUGGCGCUGCUGGCCGCCGCCGCGGCCAAGCCGCUGGAGCCGUGCCCGGGGUCGUGCCGGUGCUUCCUGUCCGAGGGGCUGAAGCGCGCCGACUGCCGCCAGGUGCCGGAGUGGGCCGACCAGCAGAGCGACGCCCAGGACGUGCGCAUCCUGCCGCCCGCCGCGGGCCGGGGCGCGCGCUCCCACGCCCUGCACCUCACGCACUUCGACGUCUUCCCCAAGGUGCUGCAGCUGUCCGUGACGAACCGCGGCCUGGCCGAGCUCAUCCCUAGCGGCUUCCACGGCCUGCACUCGCUGCAGGAGCUCGACGUGUCCAACAACCUGCUGGAGCGCUUCAACUACAAGGUGUUCAAGCGCAUGCCCGCGCUGCGGCGCCUCAUCCUGGCCGGCAACCCCAUCAUCCUGGAGCCGGGCGUGCCCCUCAUCGCGUCCAAGUCGCUGCUGUCGCUCGACCUGGGCCACUGCGACAUCGUGAACGUCCCCAAGGGCUCGCUGGACGGGCUGCGCAACCUCACGGACCUGUCCCUGCGAGGCAACCCGCUGCGCCUGCAGAAGGGCCGCCCGCUGCUGGGCAGCCCGCGCGCCCUGGCCAAGCUGGCCGUGCUGGACCUGUCGGCCUGCGGGCUGGAGGCCCUGCCGGCCGGCGUGCUGGACUCGCUGACGGGGCUGCGGCGGCUGUACCUGGACGGCAACAGCCUGCACACCGUGGAGCGGGGCGUCCUGCCGCGCGGCCUGCGCCACCUCGACCUCAGCGCCAACCUGAUCCGCGACCCGCCCACCGCCGUCAUCACCGCCCUCAACCUCACCAAGCUGGAGCUGAGCGACAACCCCGUCCACUGCACCUGCGCCUUCGUCGGCCUGCAGGCCUGGCUGUCCGGCCGCCCCGUCAUGAUGGAGCGGCCCGUCAUCUGCGCCGAGCCCGCCCAGUACCGCGGCAUGUCCUGGACCAAGGUGGACGAGCAGCAGCUGUGCAGCGACGAGGCCAGGCAGGCCAACACCUCCGAGAGCAGCAGCUCCUCGGACGAGUCCUCCUCUGCGGACGACGACUACGAGUCCUCGUCGACCUCCUCCGCGGUCGUGGGCGACGACUCCCUGCCCAACGACGACGAUUCGCUGGAGCUGCCGCCCGCGUCCUACGAGGUGUACACCCACGAGAACAACGCCAUCGACGGCGCCCCGGCCAGGCCGGCCGCCAUCCUCAAGCUGCCUGGCUCGCAGCGCGCCGUCAGCCACAACGACAUCAGCUUCUACCAGGCGGACCAGCCGGCCGACACCACGCCGCCCCCCGCGGACGACGACGACGCGGCCACGUCCGCGCCCGCCAAGGACGACGACGAGUCCCGCGUCAAGGAGGACGGCGAGUCGCACAUUAAGGACGACGAGGAGUCGCCCACCAAGGAGGACGAGGAGUCGCCCACCAAGGAGGACGACGAGUCGGCCUCCAAGGACGAGGACAGCGACAGCGAGUCCGCCGACAGGGAGGAGUUGGAGACGGAGCGACAGCCGUCCUUGGAGGAGGGGGUCGAGAUCAACAAGGACGCGGAGACCCUCUUCCGCAACGCUGACACCAUCGCCAUGGGGACGCACGAGGAGCAGGCCGUCAAGGCGCCCGAGGACCACGAGGCCGUGACGGAGGCCGCGCCUGCCGCAGGCGGGGUGGUUGACGGCGAAGCUCGAGAUCUGCUCGCGGAAGAGUCAGCGACAACGGUUGCUCCAGAGCCUGUCCCGGAGACUGUCUCCGAGGCCGUGCCUGCGGCUGCAGCCGAGGCCGUCCCCGAGACUGUUCCUGCCUCCGUCCCCGAGUCCGUCACGGAGACUUCCUCAGAGGCUGUGCCGGCAGCCGCUGCUGAGGCCGUCCCGGAAGCAGCACUCGAGGCCGCGGCCCAGGCCGCCGCCGCUGCUGAUGCCGUCACGGAGGUUGCCACUGAGGUGACUCCCGAGGCGGUUCCCGAGGCUGCCACGGAGGCGGCCCCAGCGCCUGCAGGGAUUCCUGAGGGUGCUGACGCCGCCACGGACGCCGCCACCGACGCCCCGCCCCCUGACGCUGCUGCGGGUGUUGAUGUUGACGGGCAAGCAAGUCCAGACUCCGCGACCACACCCGGAGGCGUCGUCGGCCCUGCGGACCGCGCCGAUCACGGCCGUGCUCUAGGGGAACCCGAAGCGGGGCAGCUCCCCGACUCCGCCGUCGGGGAGGUGUCGCAGGACGUGGACGUGAAGGAGGGAGAGUCCGACGUGGCCGUCGUCCCCGCCGUGGAGCCCUCUUCCGCGCCGGACACUCCUGCUGCAGGUGCUGAGCCCGAGCCCACCACGCCCGCAGCAGGCCUUGCUCCGGUCGUGGAGGAAGCCAUCGUCCCGGUCGUCGCCAAGAACAUCGUCGGUGUGGAGGAUGGCGACUCUGAGGGGGCAGCCGCGGGCCAUGAUGCCCUCGAGAAGGCUGAGGCUGUACCGGCAGUGCCCGAAAUCGUGGAGCCUGAAAUCGUCCCGGAGACGGCUGUCGAGGUGGCCGCCGAACCGAAGCCCGCGCCGGAUGCGAUCCCAGACGUUCUCGUCGAGGCCGCCACGGAGGCACACCUCCCCGACGUGGCAGUCGCAGCGGGCCUGCCAGAGGACGCCAAGCACAACGAGGAGCUGGCCGUGGAGAAGGUGCCGGGGACGGCCCUGGGCGGCGACUCCGGUGAAGUGGAGCUGCAGAAGUCCACCAUCACGUACGUCAUCCUGGGGUGCAUCGUGGCCACGAUGAUCGUGCUCGUCCUGUACGCGCUGCUCCGCAGCAAGGCCAAGAAGACCGACGCCAAGCAGAACGCCGUCCGCGUCCGCCGCGAGAACGGCGACGCGCGCGUCCACCACCCCGAGGGCACCGAGCUCAAGGACAUGAUGAACCCGCUGCUGGGCACCACCGCCACCGCCGACCCCGAAGCGCCGCGCCGCACGUCGCUUACCUCGCUGGAGCUCAUCCGCGAGGAGGGGGAGGACACCGAGACCACGCGGCUGCAGCAGGCCGCCGACGACGACAGCAACGCAGCGUCCAAGACGCCGAAGCCCGAGAAGCCAGUCCGAGCGACGCCCGAAGCGGCCCGGCGGCAACCCGCCGCCAACGGCAAGCCCAACGGCAAGCCCAACGGCAAGCCCGCCAACGGCCAGACGUCCAACGGCAAGCUCCCGGUGGACCCCAGCGCGGCGACGCCCGCCCCGACGACGCCGGGGCAGCAGCGCGCCGCGGACCAGCCCAGCCGGGUGACGGUCAAGGCGGGCGUCAUCUCCACCCCCGUGCCCAGGACGCCCGUGCUGGUCAGCCGGAACGGCGCCAACGGCACCAAAGCCAACGGCGUCGGCAACAGGAACACGUAGGCAGGGCAGGCUGCCGCGCUGCCGGAACCAAAGUGGAAACAGUGUAGCGGCCGCCGGGGCGCAGGGCGUCCACAAACCACGUAACACAUGCCCUGGACAGGGCAGUGCUGCCGCCAGACUGAUUGGACGCCAACGAUGGCAGAGGUUCUCCCCCGCAAGGGUCGGCGACGUCGGCGUGGCCCGGCCGCGGCCCGCCGGCAAAUACUGCCAAAUUUAUUUAUCCAAGUCGACAGGUUCACCCUGUCUUCAGGCUGUGUUCUUCUUCCCAUUGCGAUCCAUUGUGUGUUGGUCGUAAACUUUGUUCCAAGACUUUGUAAUUUCUUUGUGCCGAGUGAUGGCGAGAGUGCUAUGUGCGAGGCCGCUGAGUGAGGACUCUUGAGAAAAGAAGUUACUUAAUUUAUGAUUUUGGUGAUAUACAAAUGACUCGUUGUUGUUAUUUAUCGAUGCCAUAGUGACCACUGUGGCUUCAUGUAGAUUAAUAAUUACUCGAUCUUAUUGUUCCCUCUUAUUUCUACUCUGUGAAUAGUCUAGGUGCGUAAGUACAUGUAAUAUAUCAUUUCGAUUGUAUACGUUGUAAAAUCUCACUAGGACUUUCCUCGAGCUGUUAAAGUAUAGAGUAUGUCGUGGCCUUACGGAAUGUGUGGCUACCUAGUUAGUAAGAGGGCCGAAUCUGUAGUCAGAGUGGUGGAGCACUGACAGCCUGACAGCCUUACAGGGCGUUCCCCUAGACCACGAUCGCGCAGCGUGGUGGACAUCAUGAAAACCGUUCCGGAUUAUUUAUAUCCUAACAAAAUGAAGAAGCGGUUUGUGGCGUAGGCUUUAUCUGCAGCCCGCCUGAUAGGGAGCGAGGCAGGGCACGGCUGGGCGCGCCGGUCGGGAACAAAAAAGGAGCGCCCGAGUGGACAUUGCUCGCCGAGUAUGCGAAAUUGCAAACGCACAGUCAAGUACAUGUGCACAAAAAUGAGAAAAAAAGAGAGGGACCGCGUUUUGUCCGGAAAAGUGGAAGGGGAUCCUUUGUCGACUUCCUCGUGUGCUAGCGGUAUGAGUUUCACGGCACAGCGAAAAUCGUCCUGGCAGGACCUAGAAUCGAGAAAGCGGCGGGGAAGCCUCUCGACCAAAUAAUGUUUUGUGGCGACAGGACUGUGAGUCUCACCGGAAAAGUACCGGGAAAAAGGGAACAGCGAUCUCUCUUGUUUUUGUUUGCUUUUGAGAAUAUGAACAAACUCGGCGCAGCAGCUUUUUUUAACCAUGUCUUUGUCACUAUGUGCUCACGAAUGAAGUUCUCUCUUUUGAUGAGACUGACAAACCGUGUAUAAACAGUAAUCUAAGAAUUCCUGAUGUUUUUCAUCGUGUGCAAGUGGAUGAAUGUGAUUAGCUUAAAGAUCCAUCCCAUUAUUUAAAAAAAUCAUCGUUGCAUUGGAAUGGACUUCUCCUUUAUUUUCUCUAGUUAUAGUUUAGUUGAACGAGUCGACUCAAAACAUAUCUUCCUUGUUUGUUCGUCUGUAAGAUACGCAUCUCAGUACGAAACCGGCAGUAAAUGACAAACCCCUAACUUAUUCCUACGCUUCCAUAGUGUGUUGCAUGGGCCAGCUUGCUGGCGUUCGUCCUUCGAGUGAAUCAUAAAGUGUGCGAAAGUGCAUUGUAAUUAAUAAGCCAUGUAGGCUUUACUUGUGUAUUAUAACAAACAUCGAAACAAAAUAAAAUUGUGAUAAAUUAA